GCAAUGCUUCUUUCCAAACGAACCUCAGGUGACCAACUCCCCACACAGACACACACAUUGCUCUCUUCUUCUCUCAGCUAGUAAGAAAUCUCCGGCUCGCCGGCCAGCGUGGCUUCUCUCUGCUUAGUUAACCUUCUGAAUCUCCGGUUGUACGUCAUGGUCCGGGGAAAGACGGUGAUCGAGAAGAUCGAAAACACGGCGAGCCGGCAGGUGACCUUCUCCAAGAGGAAGAGCGGGCUGUUCAAGAAAGCCAGGGAGCUGGGCGUCCUCUGCGAUGCGCAGGUAGCCGUACUCCUCUUCUCCAACACCGGACGCCUCUACGACUACUCCAGUUCCAACUCCGGGAUGAAAUCGCUAUUGGAAAGAUACCAACAUGUUAAGGAGGGUCAACAGCUCAUGAGUGCAAGCACAGAAGCUAAGUUUUGGCAAGCAGAGGGAGAACGUCUGAGGCAGCAACUACAUAACUUGCAAGAAAAUCAUAGGCAGUUGUUGGGACAACAUCUAUGUGGCUUAGGUUUGGAAGACUUGAGUGGUUUAGAGAAGCAACUGGAAACGAGCCUGCAUAACAUUCGACUAGCAAAGGAUCAACUUAUGAUUGAUGAAAUUGAAGAGUUCAAUAAGAAGGGACACCUCGUACACCAAGAAAAUGUGGAGCUGCACAAGAAACUAAAUAUCAUUCAUCAAGAGAGUAUAUAUUUGCAAAAUAAGCUAAAUGGGAAGCCAGAAGCAAAUGAGGUGAUUACAAGUUCUUCUAGUCGGCGCAGCAUUGCUGCUCGAGAUGGUGCAAAUCUAGUUCAUUUGGAACUCAGCCAACCUCAUCAUGCAGAAAGUCUUUGACUGCCAGCAUAAUGAUGCACAAAUAGGGGGCCAGAAGUUUCAACUAAAAGAUCUUUCAGAUGAUCGACCGGAGGAUUGAUGUCCCAAUUCUGUUCUCAAUCAAAUGCUAGUUGUUGUUACCCGUACGUCUACCCACGAAUUGUACAUAUGAAAUUUGAUUGUGAGAUUUGCAACUUGCUCCAGGUAUUUUAAUUUUUUGUUCUCAAAAUAUGACAAUACUUGUGGCUAGCAAAGGAACAAGAACAUGAUUCCAAACUCUAUAAACAUGCAUUCAUAUCCACGAACA